AAGGUUAAUCUCGAAAGUGGAUUUAGGAGUGGCAUAUAGAAAGAGAUUGUUUGAGUAUUCAUCAGAGUGAGUAAAAGAAUUGUUUUAUAUUUUCAAUCGAAAACACAUUAGUCCUCUGGUUCAUUUCAGUGAUAUAAGAACCAAUAUGAGUCUUACAAUUGGAGACCACUUUGGUCUUAAAUGGGACCCUAAAAAUUUGGAGAUCAGAACAAUGUCAGUGGAAAAAACUCUGGAACCGCUGGUAUUGCAAGUAACUACACUUGUUAACACCAAAGGUCCUUCUAAAAAGAAAAAAGGAAAAUCUAAACGUGCCAGUGCUCUUGUAAGUACAGUUGAAAAAGCAACUGAAAAUUUCAUUGAGAAAGGAGAACAAAUUGCUUAUGAAAACCCUGAUAUCACUCAGGAAAUGCUUGCAGCUGUUGAAGAAGUACGCAAAACAGGGAAUGCAAUGAGCAUAGCAGCAAGAGAAUUUUCAGAGGAUCCUUGCUCUUCACUGAAGAGAGGAAACAUGGUUAGAGCAGCUAGAAAUCUGCUAUCAGCAGUGACUCGUUUACUUAUACUUGCUGACAUGGUUGAUGUCCACUUAUUACUCAAAAGUUUACAUGUAGUUGAAAACGAUUUGGAAAAACUGAAGAAUGCAUCAAGUCAAGGAGAACUGAUAGACAAUAUCAAAGCAUUCCGUCAUAAUACUAAUGAACUGUUGAAUCAGUCAGCAAAACGUCAACAAGAGUUGAAGGAUCCCCAGCUUCGAGAUGAUUUGGCAGCUGCCAGAGCUGUACUCAAGAAACAUUCCACGAUGUUAUUGACAGCUUCUAAAGUAUACGUAAGACAUCCUGAAUUAGCUGCGGCCAAAGCAAACAGAGAUUACGUGUUGAAGCAAGUUUGUGAAGCAGUCAACACCAUAAAUGAUGUUGCUCAGGGUAGAGUCACUCAACCGUCGUCUUGUCCUUAUGACGGACCAGGUGAAUUGGCAGCUGCACUUGAUGAAUUUGAUGAUCAUAUGGCGAUGGAACCAUUAGCCUAUAAUGAGGUCCAUACCCGGCCUUCUCUUGAAGAACGCUUGGAGAGCAUUAUUAGCGGUGCUGCCCUAAUGGCAGAUUCGAGCUGCACUAGAGAUGAAAGAAGAGAACGUAUAGUUGCAGAAUGCAACGCUGUUAGACAGGCACUUCAAGAUUUACUAUCUGAGUACAUGUCGAACAUGGGUAAUAAGGACAAAAGCGAAAAGUUAGCUGGGGCUAUCGACAAUAUGGGUAGAAAGACGAGGGAUUUGAGAAGGCAGCUACGUAAAGCUGUUGUCGAUCACGUCUCCGACAGUUUUCUGGAAACGAGCGUACCACUUUUGGUCCUGAUCAAAGCAGCUCAAAGUGGCAAUGAAAAGGAAGUGGAGGAGUAUGCAGUAGUAUUCACCGAACACUCCAAUAAACUUGUGGAAGUUGCAAAUUUAGUAUGUAGCAUGUCUAAUAACGAGGACGGUGUGAAGAUGGUUCGAUUUGCAGCUGCUCAGUUGGAAAAUUUGUGCCCGGAAGUGAUAAAUGCAGCUAGAAUUUUGGCUGCAAGACCUAGAAGUAAAGUGGCACAAGAAAACAUGGAUGCAUUCAAACAACUUUGGGAAAAUCAAGUUCGUCUGUUAACUGAAGCUGUUGACGAUAUCACAACAAUCGAUGACUUCUUGGCCGUAUCAGAAAAUCAUAUUCUCGAGGAUGUUAAUAAGUGCGUGCUGGCUUUGCAAGAAGGUGAUUCCGAUACUUUGGACAGAACGGCCAGUGGUAUACAGGGCAGGUCUAACAGAGUCUGUAAUGUUGUUACUGCAGAAAUGGAUAAUUAUGAACCCUGCAUUUAUACCAAACGAGUUUUGGAGGCUGUAAAAGUGCUGAAUGAGCAAGUGAUGCCGAAGUUCACGCAAAGAGUUCAAGUAGCCGUUCAAGCUUUGUCCAGCUAUCCGCCAAAAGAGGUGGAUGAAAAUGAUUUUAUAGAUGCUUCAAGACUUGUUUAUGACGGAGUACGAGAGAUACGAAGAGCAGUUCUGAUGAAUAGGGCUGAUGAGGAUUUGGAUCCUGAAGAUGUUGAACUGGAUGAAAAUUACACAUUGGAAACUAGAAGUAAAUCAAGUGCUCAUACAGGAGAACACGGUGUUGAUGAAUAUCCGGAUAUUAGUGGAAUAACAACAGCCAGAGAGGCAAUGGGCAAAAUGCCUGAUGAAGAUAAAAAGAAAAUUUUGCAACAGGUGGAAUUCUUCAGGAGUGAAAAAUUGAAGUUUGACAAAGAGGUAGCAAAGUGGGACGAUGCUGGCAAUGACAUAAUCGUGUUGGCCAAACAUAUGUGCAUGAUAAUGAUGGAGAUGACUGAUUUUACUCGUGGACGUGGACCCUUGAAGACAACUAUGGACGUAAUUAAUGCUGCUAAAAAAAUUUCUGAAGCCGGAACAAAGUUGGACAAACUGACUCGACAAAUAGCAGAGCAAUGUCCCGAAAGUUCCACCAAGAAGGACUUGCUGGCUUAUCUACAAAGAAUCGCACUAUACUGUCACCAAAUGAAUAUUACAUCGAAAGUGAAGGCAGAUGUUCAAAAUAUUUCUGGCGAGCUCAUCGUUUCAGGCUUGGAUAGUGCAACUUCAUUAAUUCAAGCAGCCAAAAAUUUAAUGAAUGCAGUUGUAUUGACUGUUAAGGCCUCUUACGUGGCAUCAACGAAAUACCCAAGACAAGCUGGAACUGUGGCGUCUCCGAUUGUGGUUUGGAAGAUGAAAGCACCGGAGAAAAAACCUUUGGUAAGACCAGAAAAACCAGAAGAAGUUCGAGCCAAGGUGAGAAAAGGCUCACAGAAGAAGGUUCAAAACCCUAUUCAUGCACUGUCAGAGUUUCAGAGUGCAACUGAAUCGAUAUAAUUUCCCAUGAUGAAAAUAUUCUCGAGAGUAGAAAUUUAAAGUAAUCAUUGAUUUUAUCAAAAUAGUGUGAUUAUUUGAUUAAUUUUUUUAUAUUUGAGCAGAUAUCAUUAAUAUUAUUAUGUGAAAAUGAGCCUUUACUAUAUGGCAAUAAUUUAAAUGGGACAUUUACCCCUAGUUAUAUAUAACAAGUUAUUUAUAUUUUAAUUCAUCAAAAAUUUGUUAGAUUUCUAGGCAUUCUUAUCGAAGGUAUUACUUAUUUUAGAUUUUGAUAUUCAGUUUUUUCUUGGCAGCUAAAAUUUCCUUAUUAAUAUCAAAAACUGUGCCAAAAUACCCAUUUAUAACUUUUUUCUAUUCUUUCAAAUUCGAUACUGCUCAUUGAGGUCCAUUCCAAGACUAAUUUAUUAUAAACUUACUGUGAUAAUUUUUGUAUUGAAGUUUUACUAUUUACUGUACCUCGAUUUCGAAUUUUUUUAGCUGCCUUUUCCCUUAAUUGAAAAUUUUCCUUAUUAUAAUAAGUAUUACUUUAAUUCAUUUUUUUCAGUUAUAUUAUUGACUUACUUUUACAAUCAAAUCCAAUCGACAAAUUCAAAAUUCACCCGUUAUAUAAUCGAUGAAUUGAAAAUCUACAAAUCUAGGACUUGAAUUUUUUGCUACGUUUUAAAAUUUCCUUAGAUUUAAAUAAAAAGUAAACCUUAGAUAUUUUUCUAGCAUGUUAAUGGGACAAAUAUUAAAAAAUAUCGCGAAUCUUCAAUAUAACAUAUAAUUCAUUCAUUGAUUUAUUUCGGCAAUAAUAUUGAGGGGAUCCUUUGGAAAGUUUGUCGAAUUCAGUUCCAAUUACGGUCAAUCAUAUUUGUGAAUUGAUAGCAUUCAAAUAUAUACUUUUGAAAUGUAAGCAGUGGCGACUAUGGGGCCUGGGCCCCCCGGAAAUAUCAUAUGAGCAAAAAAAAUACUACACAAAUGUAAUGUAAACUAGGUGGACCUGGAAAUUUUGGCUCCCCAAUUGUUGAAUGCUGGUGUCGCUACUGAACGUAAAUUAUUAAUAAUUGUGCAUUUAUGUUGAGCUUAUCUAGAAAUAAGAGUCUUUUGCAUUAGAUAUAGGAAAUCAAUAUUCAAUAUUUUGAAUGAAACCCUGUAGUUGCACUUGCUAAACUUGAGUUGAGCACAUUUUUUUAAGCUAAAUAUCAAAGGGAGCACUACUCUGUGGCAAUCAAUUUUUCAGCACGUUAAAUAGAAUAUUAAUGGUGUAUCUGGAAACAAAAAUGUUGUUGGUUAUCCAACCGCAACAUUUCAAUCAAACAAUUCGAAUAUAACAACAUGGAUUAGAUGUAACAAACAUUCUUAAUGUGAAAGAACACUACUGUAUCUUAUUUGUAUGAACGUCCUGUGAUAAAACUAUUGCUACACAUAUGAAAGUAAAAUACUUAUGGUGUUUUAUUAUAUAUUAUUUUAUUCUUUAUACAAAAUAAAUGUGAAUAUCAAAAAAUUC